CUAGAACAUUCAAUAUUUGCGUUCCGUCACUUAACCUAAAUUCACUAACAAUUUCCCCUCUUUUUUUUUUUUUUUCCAGAAAUCUGUCUUUCUCAAAAAACGAACACAUAAACAAAAUCAAAUUGAAAUCUCUUGUUCGUUUCUAAAUCAUCAAAGAAAUAAUGCCAGAAGUGAGGAUCAUAGCGAAGAAUUUCAUAGACAUGGUUGCAUCAUUGCCUGCUGUCAAGCUUGAUAUGCUCUACGCUAAUCCCUUCAUUUGUGAAGCCAUUCUCAGGUCCUUGCCACCUUUAGCAAAGAAGUAUGUGUUGCAGAUGUUGUACAUUGAUGUUCCGGUACCUGCCAAGUCCAUGGAAGAGUGGGUUCUUCCAGCUGGACUCUCCAAACAUAGAGUUGCUAUUGAUCGAUUGAUUCAGCUGAGGGUGCUUGCUGAAACUGUUGACAGGAAAAAGGAGACCAGCUAUGAAAUGAAUAAGCAAAUCCAGAUUAACCUUCAGAAGCAGCUAAUAUAUGGUGGAGUAUUACCGAGGGAACCAAUGCUUUCAAGUGCUGUGAGGCUCCCAAGCUUAGAGGAAUUAGAGAUCUAUGCUCUUGAACAGUGGGAGUGUUUCCUGCUGCAUCUUAUCAGCUCCAACCAGGCAGAAAAGUUAACGAAUGUCAGUUCUUCUAUGAUGAAGGUUUUCCAACGUGGCCUCUUGAGUCAAAGGGAGAAAGAAGGUUCAAGGUUAACUGAGUAUGGCUUCCAGUUUCUGCUGAUGGACACAAAUGCACAGCUAUGGUAUAUCAUCAGAGAAUAUAUUGCCAAUACUGAGGAACGUGGAGUAGAUGCAGCAACUAUAAUAUCCUUUCUGCUGGAGCUUAGUUUUCAUGAGACAGGACAGGCAUACAAUAUCAGUACAUUGAAUGAAGUUCAGAAAAGUAUAAUCAAGGACCUUGCAGAUUUGGGAUUAGUCAAACUUCAGCAGGGAAGGAAGGAAAGUUGGUUCAUUCCGACAAAGUUAGCCACCACUCUUUCAGUCAGCUUAUCAGAUACAUCAACUAGGAAGCAGGGUUUUGUGGUUGUGGAGACAAACUUUCGGUUGUAUGCUUAUUCUACGUCUAAAUUACAUUGUGAGAUUCUGCGUCUUUUUGCAAGGAUAGAAUACCAACUUCCAAAUCUCAUUGUCGCGGCAAUUAAUAAAGAAAGCUUGCAUAAUGCGUUUGAAAAUGGCAUUACUGCAGAACAGAUAAUUUCAUUUCUUCAGCAAAAUGCACAUCCUCGUGUAGCUGAAAAACUGCCAGUUGUUCCAGAAAAUGUUACAGACCAGGUUAGGCUUUGGGAAUCAGAUUUGAACAGGGUCGAAAUGUCACCUGCUCAGCUUUAUGAUGAAUUUCCGUCAAAGGAUAUGUUUGAGUCUGCUUGCGACUUUGCUCGUGAAUAUGGUGCUCUGCUAUGGGAAGAUUCAAAAAAGAUGCAGCUCGUAGUAAAAACUGAGCUACAUAAUGACUUGCGAGAGCAUCUGCGACGCCAGAAAUAAUAGAUUACACUGAGAAAGAUGGAUGUUAGAAAGUAAAGGGUGUUAGUAUCGACGUCGCCUAUCAUUGGGGGAUUGAAUUGAUGAUAUGAUGUAGUGCAAUGUCAAAGAGAGAGACAGAAAACCUAUGCAUAAAAAGGUUUUCCGAAGAACAGCUACUUUCACUAAGAGGAUUCCUGAAGGAAUCUCAAGAGAAUGUGUGUGCACUUUCCUAAGCUAAUUCAAUAAUCUAAUUUAUAUUUGCGUUUCUGCCAAUUUUGUCCUACCCCAAGGAAAUUCAGGUUCAAGUGGAUUCUUUGGAGAGAAACAAUUUAGUUCUUAGACUAGACUCAGUAGAGAAACUAUACCAUUCUCCGGGGAGUUGCGGCUGUUCGUUGAAGAGUAUUCUUUUGUGGAUAAUGCUGCUUGUAACUUUGUAAGUUGUAAAUAUGUGAUUUUGGGUCAAAAAUAAUUUAAAGUACAGAAUAUUGAGAAACAGAGGAAGUAUUUAUAUUUACGACUUUAUUUGCAAUUAUUUCCUCCAUUAUUUAUUUA